CCCAAGAUGCUGGCUGAUUUCUUAUCUGAGCCAAAGAGGAUUCCUUAUAACGUGUGUGCCAUCCAGAUGUACUUUUUCGGGGCAUUGGCUGAUGUGGAUUGCCUCUUGUUGGCUGCUAUGGCCUAUGACCAUUAUGUAGCUAUUUGCAAUCCACUCCUUUAUAGAAUUGCCAGGUCUGGGGGGAUGUGUACCUGGCUAGUGGCUGGUGCUUACAUUGUAGGGUUGUUGGAUUCAGCACUCCACACAUGCUGCACAUUUCGCCUUUCAUUCUGCAAGUCCAAUGUUAUCAAUCAUUUUUUCUGUGACCUCCCACCCUUACUAGCCCUCUCUUGCUCAGAUACAUCCAUUAAUGAGAUCAUGUUGUUCACUUUUAGUAGCUGUAUUUUGGGGUGCAGUAUUUUAUCGGUCCUCCUCUCCUAUAGCUAUAUUAUAACAACCAUUCUUAGAAUGAACUCCGCUGAGGGGAGACGCAAAGUCUUUUUGACAUGUGCCUCACACUUAACCGCGGUGGCUAUAUUUCAUGAUACAUUCUUGUUCAUGUAUUUCCGACCAAGCUCGAGCUAUUCAAUGGACACGGACAAAAUGGCUUCUGUGUUCUACACAGUUGUGAUCCCUAUGUUAAACCCACUCAUCUAUAGCCUGAGAAAUAAGGAUGUGAUAGGUGCCCUCAAGAAAACAAUGAGUACUAAAUCAUUUUCUGGUUAA